AUGCAGGCCUCCAGCCCCUGGCACAUGGGUCGAGUGGCCCCCAGCGUGGUAAUGAGCUUCUGCUGCCUGGUGGGCAUCCCUGGCAAUGUGGCGGUGAUAGCAGUCCUAAGGCGGCGGAUGAAUACUCAGAGAGAGAGUUUCACCCUGACCCUCAUUCUCAAUCUGGCCGUGUGGGAUUUGCUGUCCCUGCUCCUGCUGCCCUUUUGGAUCUUCAACCUCCAGAGAGACUGGAUUUUGGGAUCUGUGCCCUGCAAACUGCUUUUCUUCCUGCUGUACUGGUGCAUGAACACCAGCGUGCUGACCGUGACUUUGCUGAGUGUGCAGCGCUACAUGCAGGUGCUGUACCCUCAGCGCUGGGCCAGGCUUGGGCUAGCAGGCCAUAAAGGCCUGCUGCUGACCAUUUGGGCUCUGGGCAGCUGCAUCGCCUCCCCUUCUCUUUCCCUGAGACGAGUCAGUGGCGGAAAUUCAGCACGAUGUGAAGUAGACUAUCGCAGCCCAUCAGUGGAAGCUGCUGUUCUUCUGGGGCAGAGCAUUCUGGGAUUUGUGGUUCCAUUCUCCAUUCUGGUAUCACUGUAUGUCUGCUUACAGAGGCGAGUGGGGCAAGCCUCUCAGUGGAGCUCCACUGGGAGGAUGACCAAGCUGAUCACCAGCAUCGUGGUAUCCUUCUUUAUCUUCUGGACCCCACUGCAUGUGUUCAACAUGCUGACGCUGAUUGGCUUAGUGGUGGAGUCGCAGGAACUGAGGGAUGUUUGUGAAGCCAGCUGGGAUUUGCUGAUCGCGCUCACUUUCCUAAACGCCUGCCUCAACCCUUUCCUGUAUGCGUUCAGCCACAGCCGGAUACAGACACCCACUGCAAGGGUCACCAACCUGCAGCAACCAGAACAAACACCACAAUGA